CGCGCUCGUUCGAUGCCAUGUGUUAUUCCAGUUCUAACGCAGAGUGUACUCACAUCAUUUUCUAGUUGUCACACAGCGACUCGGUGUUGAGUUGAGCGAGCAGCUGAGACAGAAUCCGCUGAAACUGGUGCUCCCCGGUGCUGGCCAGCAACCAUGCGCUGGUUUGGUUUAAGUGCGUUUGCGGUGUGUUGUUGUCUAGUCACGCGUACGGCAGUCGGCCAGGAACUCGUAAGUGAUGAAUCUCCAAAUCUUGCUCAGUCAUCGAUGGACGAUGGAGCCGAGAGCGAGCCAGAUCUCCUCGUCGAAGAAACAACAACCCCGGAUCCAGGACCCGACCCCGCCAAUCCAUUCAAGUACUACUCGGAGAAACAGAGCAAACUCAUUAAGGCCGUGUCCGCCGACGUUAUGGAGUACAUCGCGCCGCAUUUUGUGCGAGACAUCCACGAACUCAAUAUUACCGGGGACUGCACCUACGGCCUGCUGAAGUUCGCCUUCGGUCUGAAGAAAUUCCGACCGUGGUCAAUCAAAAUGUUGGACUCUUGGGGCAAAUUACCCCAUGGUGUGCUGUACGGCGCACUCUCAUCGCUCGGAAACAUGGCGGAGUGCAAAUCCGUGGUGGCUCAGGAGAAAAAAUAUAAUGGGAAGAUCGAUACAUUUUUCACGGGAAAAUAUUGCGCCAUCAAUAUGAGACCGCAUCUCUACUUCCCGAAACCUGCGAAAUACGAUCCGCGAACAUAUCUCAAAAACUACACUGACGAAAUUCCGAUUCUGAAGAAUGUGCUCGGACCAGACAUGAAUCUUGCAUACUUUUACUUCGCGCACUUCAGAAUAGGUGCGUGUGUGCCGCACACCUGUACAAUCGAUGACAUGAACACCCUUGUCCGACAACUGGCCAGUAUUGCUGCUCUCGAAAUCGACGUCCAAUGGUGCGAAGACAGCGCUUCGCCCCCCUUGACCUCAACCCAAAUGACAGUUUCGGCGGUCCUCAUUUGCCUUCUGGCUUUAUCGGCAAUCGGCACUGCUCUCGAUGUCCUACCGAAAUUGAUGAGGAGUGCACGUAGAUCCGACGGCGAAAAAGCAACGUUCCGACAGCAGAACAUGGUCGAGCAAGUGGCCGAAUGUUUCUCGGUGUACAGCAAUAUGUUGAAGAUCUUGAACACCGAAACCGGUCCGUCGACUUUGAGAUGCGUUCAUGGUCUUCGAGUAAUUACCAUGGCCUGGAUCAUCUUGGGCCACACGUUCUUCUACAAAAACUUCAACCUCGGAAGCGGUUUCGUCGAAGCCUUAGCGCUGGGGAAGAGUGUUCCCUUCCAGAUGGUCUUCAACGUAUUCCCCGCUGUGGAGACCUUCGUAACGAUUUCCGGCUGCGUUCUGACUGUAAAUUAUCUUUCCCGGAUGGAGGAUCGCCAGGGCUCGUUCAGCUACUUUCGGCAUAUUAUCAGAAGAUGGUGGAGACUCACUCCGGCUUUCGUUGCUGUUUCUUUCCUGAUGAUCAUACUUCCCCUCGCGGGAUCCGGACCUUUAUGGAAGGAAACUCUCGAACCGUACGCUAACGCGUGCCAGAACAGCUGGUGGACGAAUCCUCUUUACAUCGGAGCCUACGUCCAUCGAGAGAACAUGUGUCUCCCUCACGGCUGGUACCUCUCGUCGGACUUCCACUAUUUCUUGAUACUGCCUUUCAUUGCUUACCUCUUGUACAAGAGCGCAGCGGUCGGGCUCCUGAUCCUGUUCGGUCUCGCAACCGCUUCCGUUAUCACGAUCGGUGCCCUCCUCUACGUCAAUGAAUUGACCCCGAUCCCCCUGUUCAUCGAUAUGGACCCCGAUCAUUUCAAUGAAUACAUGAACAUAAUCGGUUACAAGCCAUACACUCACCUGGCGCCAUUUUGCGUCGGUGUGGCCCUGGGCUAUAUCCUGUACAAGGAGAAGCGACGAAGAAUCCACAAGGCGCUCAGGGUUCCGAUUUGGAUGUUGGUGUGGGCCGUUCAGCUUGCAAUGGUAUUCGGAGUCCGCAACUGGAAUGCCUACGAAGCGCCGUCCGUAGAAGUUGGAGUUGCCUACGGAGCCUUGUUCAGGCUCGUAUGGUCGUUGUGUAUCGCUUGGACCGUUUACGCGUGCGCUACCGGGAAUGGUGGACUCAUUAAUAGGAUCCUCUCGUUUAAUGCAUGGAUUCCCCUUUCUCGACUCACCUACCUCGUCUACCUGGUACAUCCUCUCAUCAUCCUAGGGCAUACUGCCUACCUAAGAGAACCCUUCUACAUUACGAUACCUUUCACGGGCUACCUGUACCUCGGGCAUUUGUUCUCAGCGUACGUAGCGGCGUUCUUCCUCUCGGCUACUCUCGAGUCACCUUUCCUCGCGCUGGACAGAAUGGUGACGAAAGCUUACCAAGACCGUUUCGAUCCUUUGGGCCACCAUCCGAGCACGAAGCGAAAACCUCCGAUCGAGAGCAAACGAAAUUCAGUUUUCUUGGAAACAGGAAUCGCAUCCUUCAACAGCACCCCGAAGCACAUAAACGGGAAAAUCAACAUGGCUUUCGAUAACGCGAAAUUGUGAAUAAUGCCACCAAGUCAGUGUCAGGACUGAUAUUGUCACAACACGACACUCGGUCGAGUGUAACUUUUCAUACCACACCUGUAUAUACGCUUUAGGUAUGCUAGGCUAAAUCAAAAUGACGCUAGAACUCGCAGGAGCUUGUUGUAUCCAGAUCGAAAGCUGGAGAUGUUCUCAGCCACCGAAGGUAAUCGAAGGAGAGACAAGAGAUACUUUCGUCACGAAUCCAGGAAGAAGUGAAAUUAA